GCACCGAUUCAGCGGAUUGACAGUUUCGCAUGUGCUGUAGUGGAUGGAGUUAGCGCACCUACGCUCUUCAAGCUUAGUUGUGUUUUCGCUGCUUCGACGAAUUAACGCAUCUUGAAAGUAGCCGUACGUUCUUAAAAACCCACCUGCCUGAAAAGCGUAUUAGGGAAAAGGGAUUUUUAAAAUUGGAUUGCGCUAAUUCUCUUUCUGCAACUGUGAGUUUUGGACGCGUUAUGUACAAAUGUAUUGGAGCCGUGUUUUCAAAACGAAAGUUGUUUACACUGGACUGCUCGUUAAGCGACAUCUUCGUAUUGACUGUCACACAGUUUUGGCAACAGCCAUAAACUAUCAAAUACUUUGUCUGUUUAAGAAUUUAUCUGUCGCUACAGUGAAAAUUUACUGAGUUAAACCGUCAGGAACCUGUCCACGAAUGGACACGAACAUUUGUAUAUAGGUGAGAUAUUGGUUAGUGAAGAACCGUUAGGUUUCGUCGCGGUGGUUAGCUAUCAUCUCCGGUUAAUGAAAGUUGCGGUAUAUCUAAUUUGGAUCAUCCACUGAUUUCUACAUCCUUACUUAUAUACUAGUGACAUAUCAUCAUUCGUCAAGGGGAACUGAAGACCAAAGCGAGACUUGAUCGCAGUGAGAUGGUCAUAGCGAAGCAAAUUACAGCGGUUGAUGUGGUUAUUAGCAUCUUAGCGGUAAUUACUUUGAUGGCAAACGGUACAGUGUGCAUUCUGGUGUUCACAAACAGAAAUCUUAGAACGUAUACAAACGGAUUUAUCGUUUCGUUAGCCGUGUCCGACAUUCUAGUAGGUGUGGCCUUGUUUCUUCAGUACGCUUUAUCGAUGGACAAUAGGAUAGUGCUCAACGUCUUAUUUACCACUGCAUUGGUAGGGAGUGUAGCGAAUUUAACAGCGGUAACAUUCGACCGACACUUAGCUUGCACACAGCCCUUCGAUUACCAAAACAUUAUAGCAAGGUAUUUCAUCAAAAUCGUGGCGUUUUGCUGGACAGCAGCCGUCAUAUCUGCCCUUCUUCCACUUAGCUGGCUCGAAAGCAAUUCUGCAGCCUUAGCCCUGAGGAUUUACCAGUUUGGCAUUCUAAUCAUCUGCAUCGUUGCACCUUACACCUGGAUUUUCCUCUGCUACUUACGACUUUUUUGGCAAGUUCACAAAAUCGUCAAGCGAGAGAGAAAAAUGGCUAUGCACGUACGUGGAGCUCACCAAUGCUGCGAAAGAACCAAAAGAGUGUCUUCGGAGGCAAAGAUCGCUAAAGUUUUCUGUGUCAUCGCUUUCCUCUUUGUAGUCAGCUGGUUGCCAAUCAUUUGGACGACUUUUGUUUAUGCAAUAGGCAAGCCUUAUUUGAUGCCAGAGGUUAUGCAUUCUCUUUCUUCGUUCACUUUGGCUGUUGGUUCUGUUAUAAACCCUAUACUGUACUCAUUUUUGAAGCCAGAUUUCCGAAAUGUCUACAAAAAAAUAUUUUGCUUGAUUCCGCGCGGCGAAAAGCGCACGUACAAAGAUGACAACGCAUUCACUCGCGCCACGAACCUAACGAAAUCGGCCUCCAGGUUACUCCAGGAACAAACGAAUCUGUAAGAAACUGAUGUUUAAUGUGAAAAAAUAAAGAUAUAGCUUUACACUCCCAGGAUCUAUAUUUGCUAAAGAACGGUGUAAGUCAAUAUGGAGAUCUAGAUAGUAAAAGAAGAUUAGUCUUUUUUUCCACAGCAAGCACUAUGGUCUGGCAUUAAGUGAAUCCAAACCAUUGCGCAGGCUCGCAACCUGAAUACAAGCACCGAAAAAAAAAAAUCCGAUGCCUGCAGUUAUGUGACUUGAACAUUUUCGCGGAAAAUAAGGACAGUAUGCUUACACUUAUGUAGUUAGUGAAAACCAGAGUUAAAAGUUUAAGAACGUCAAAAAUUCUUCAUUUCAUAAAGAAAAAUUAGGUUGCACAGAAACGUCAUUUUGCAAACGAAUUUCCGGGUUCAUUUUUUGCGGCACGUCAAACGAAAAUAGCUUUUUUAAUGAAAUCGAAACGUGCUUUUGAAAACCAUAGCGCCAUUACUCAAAGCGAUCCGUUCCGCUUCCGCCAUUUGUUUAAAAUGACAUGAAAAAACUACAGUUAAUGGUCGCUAUCACGUAAGUCGAAACGGAUCCAGUAAGCAUAUCGAAGUAAUAGACUACUUUUAAGCUGAUGGUGUAUUCAGAGAAAGCCCGACUGGUAACGCACGUGUCCGUCCCAAAAACCAGGCCCAGGCGCGUAAAAUGCUGGCAAAUAUUGAACUAUAUGUACAAAAAGAACCAAAAGAGAAAUGUUUCUCUUUUCUCGUACUCUGAAGCUGAUCAGCAAAGUAUCUAUAAUUUUAAGCUGCAUUUAUUACUAAUGUAGAUAUCUGGUACUCAAAUUAGACCAACCUAUGAUUAAAUAGCGGAC